AAGCUGUCGUCGCCGCCGAAGCCGCCGCAGUCUCCGCCACCCGCCGUGCAGGCUCUCGGCCGGGGGAGUCGGCUCUUGGCCGGUUCCGGGGCGCCCAUGGUCGGCGCUGCGGACCGGGAGGCUGGCCCGGCGGCUGCGGCGUGCUGAGAGGGCGGCGUGGGGAGGAUGCCGGCCCCGCGCGGCUGCUCCGGGCCUCGCCGCCUCCUGGCUCCGGCCUUCUUCCUGCUGUUGCUGCCCGCGCUGAGCCGGUCCGGGGCGGUGCUGUCCACAGCAGCCAGGGCGGCGUCCCGAUCCGGGGUUCCCGAGCCCGGGCCGCGCACGCUGUCACCGCUGCCUCCCGGCCCCACCGCGGCCCAGCCCCGGGGUCAAGCUCAGGCUGAAGCCGCUGGCCCUCGAAGCUCGGAGGGCCGCAAUGGCAGCAGCCCCGGAGCGGAGUCAGAGGCCGGUGGCCUUGGAGGGAAAGCCGGGGAAGGCUCCGUGGGUGGCAGCUUGGCGGUGAGCCCCAACCCUGGCGACAAGCCCAUGACCCAGCGGGCCCUGACCGUGUUGGUGGUGGUGAGCGGCGCGGUGCUGGUGUACUUCGUGGUCAGGACAGUCAGGAUGAGGAGGAGAAACCGUAAAACUAGGAGAUACGGAGUUUUGGACACUAACAUAGAAAACAUGGAAUUGACACCCUUAGAACAAGAUGAUGAGGAUGAUGACAACACAUUGUUCGAUGCCAAUCAUCCUAGAAGAUGAGAAUGUGCCUUUCAUGAGAAGACUUCAUAUUUCUACUGAAGAACAGAAUUUCUAUGUCUAAGGAAUAAGAAGCCAAUCUAUUGAGGGGGGAGGGGGAUUUAAGUUGCAUACAUUAUGACAACCUUUAAUUUGUUGUUGCGCAAUAAAUACUGUAUCAUUUUGUUAUAUCUUUGUAUAUUUGGAACUGCUCUAUUAAUGGGCUCCAUGCUCUUAGGGACAAACUUUAUUGUACUGGAUUUUCCAUUGGAAAAUUAUUUUAAAAUGGUAUUUUCUGAAGAGCUUUGACCCUUCCUUUUACCAUAUUAUUGUACCUUGUUUUCUUUUAAGUACUAAUCAAUUGUUGUUAAUUAUUUUUGUCAGUGUCAUAAUUUAAAGAACUAGAAGCCACAACUAACUGGUAUGAAAAAUUAAUUAAAAUUCUUCUCUACUAAAAGUUUCCCAUUUUUGUGGGGAAAAAGCCAAAUUUGUUAUGUUGUUUUUGAGUUUUUAAAUAAUAGUAAUUGUCUGUGCUAUUGUAUGCAAAAGAAUAAAUGUAAUUUAAAAUUA